AUGAAGUCAUCUGGAAAACGUUUCGUCACCAUGCGUAAUAGUGUUUUGCUCACAGUGCCGUCACAUGUCGAGAAGGACCCAACGCGCAUGAGACUGGAUGGAGGCGAGUUCGAAUACAAGUUGGCAGGCCUGGCGAGCGCACGUCUCCGAGCGGAGCGAGAGCAUCGGCCGGAGUUGGAUCUUCAGUUCUCCGUCUACUCCAACAUGCAGGGAGCCAACCCAUUCGACGAUCUGGUUAUUCACUUAAAGUGGGUCGAAGGAAAGAAGGAACGUAGAAUGAACUACUUUGUUCAGUUGAAACAUUCAGAAAGAUACGAUAAAGUUGUGACUAGAAACGAUCUUACAUCCAAACGAUGCUCUAAAAGGACGAAAAACUUCAAUCUUAGAAAAUACUUUGAAGGUUACCAGUCUAUAAUACAAAACGCCAAGUCUUCAACUGAGGUUGAUCAUAACCAACGUGUAUUGAGUGAAUGGAUAAGAGAAGAAUGUAGGUUUGUUCUUUUUACAACCAGAAACCUUAUUCAGCUUAAUUGUCAUGAUGCAGAAACUACAUUACCAGAUUUUCCAUUUCAUCAUGUUUUUAGCACCGGUCAAGGAGAAAUAUUUUCAUUUGGAGAACAUAAUCCAUUAGUUUGGAAUAUGUAUGAAGGAGAACCUGAAUGCCACGUGUUUCGUACGGAGUUCCUACCUCGACUGCUUAUUUUUGGUGGUCAAGCUCACGCCUCGCAGCUAGACCAGUUAAUUCAAAUUGCCUUAACAAACGCUGUAGGUGGCGCAAUGCCCCGAGAAGAGCUGUUUCUGUCAAAGUAUUUAUGUUUCCUGCGCAAAUGGUGGGAUAGCGCUCAUUGCAUCUCUGAGUCUUCCAAAGAGUUAGAAAAAAUAAUACAGUAUUUUGUUAAUGAUAAUGCUGAGUUCGUAUCACUUCAGUUUCAGCCUCGUUUGUACCAGGAACUAAAGCGUCGGUUAGAAAAACAUAACGUAACUCUGAAUAUAGUGCCUGAAAUAUCAACCCGCUUGCGCAGCUCCAAAAUCAAAAGAGUAAUGGACGAGAAUUAUCCAGAUCGUUAUCUGAUACUAACCGAGUCAACAUUCAGGGACUACCCAGAGGGUACUUUGGAAUCUGUAGUUAGAAACAGUUGUGAGGAACUCGUGUUAAACGUGGAUGAUAUGGAUAUUCGUAUGCAAAACUUCGUAGCGAGAAUCUUGAAUGAAAGGAAAUGCAAGGUGCGGAUUCUGCAGUCGCAAUUAAACUCUAAAAUUGAAAACUUUAUCACCACACACACAGGUCAGUGCGUGCAAUUCCUCGACAAUUACUGGACUUUGGACCAUCUCUCGCACUACGAGCAGAAGCGCCUCCUGGACCGGCUGGUGUUGGUGCAGGGGGAGGAGACGACGCUGGCGCGGCUGGAGGGGGUGUGGCCGUCCCUGCGGCGCGGCGUGGGCGGGGCGACGCUGGACGCGCUGGCGUGCGGUGACGAGGUGUCGCUGGGGGCGCCCAUGACCCUCCCCGACCCCUUCUACAUCCCACGCACGGUCCAGCACAAGGCGGUGCUCCACAACACCCUCUGGAAGAUGCUCAGCCCGGACGACGUGUUUCUGUUGAACGGCUUUGCGGAAGAAGUGCUAAGGGAGCUACGCUUGCCCACCUCGAGCUGGGAGGAGUGGGAUUUGCUGGGAGAAUCUCCUUCUCGCGUGUUGCGAUUGUCGAGAGAUCUCUCUGAGUCGAAGGACACGCCGAAUAAGAAAAGGAUCAAGACGAAAUGGAGUGUGUGGACAGAUGCAGCCAACACAGAUGCUCUAAUGUUUUUUGAAUCCAAUAACGUGCACUGGCUUACGUACGAAGGAGAAGAAAUUGUGUGGCUUGAAACACGCGGAAAUCAUGAAGUACUUCGUAGUUAUUUAAAAAACAUUGAUUCACAUUGUAACGUUUCACCCGUUUGCACUCACUAUGACGUUGAUGAUUUCAUUGAUUGGCGGGGUGUGUUCCUUCUUACUGGAGAUCCUGGAAUGGGAAAAUCAACUUUUCUCUCUCGAUUGGCCUACAUUGUUAAAAAGAAAAAUCCCUUCCAUUGGGUUGCUGUACUAAGAUUGAAUGAAGGUAGGCUCUUAGAAAACAUGGGAAUAAUCAAUCAGGAGAGUAUUGUUGAUUUAUUACAUAGAGCAAGCAACGUGCGGGUAUCAUUGGACAACAAUUCGACAAAGAACUUUCUAAGAGAUAAUCUAUUGCAGUCUGGAAACAUAAGUAUUUUUGUAGAUGGCGUGGAUGAUGUUUGUCCCAUUCACAAAUCCAAACUCCUCAGCGUGCUGAAAUUUCUCCUUCAAAAGACCAACUUUCAAAGAGUGUGGAUAGCGGGUCGAACAAUGCUUGAGGAAGAAUUGGGUCGUGCAACCCGCAGUCUUCCAUUCACGCUGCGUCCUUUCUCCGCCGAAGAUCAAAAGCGCUAUCUUCUCGCGUACUGGGGCGGGGACUGCGACGAAACGGACGGCGAAGAAUUUCAGUCGACGGUGGAUCAGCUGGUGGACGACGUGCGAAGCGCCACCCAGCACAACGGGCGCAGCCUGUGCGACGUGCCGCUCUACUCGCACGUGUUGGCGGUCGCCUACAGAAACGACCACUCCCUCUUACAGAACGUGGCUUCCCCGCAGUCCUCCAAUCCCAGACGCAGGAGGAUCAAUUUACUCACUCUAAUAAAGAAGUUCGUCGAAGAAACGAGGAAAGUGUAUUGGCAGAAAGUGGACAUAUCGGUGGGUUUGCACCGCUGGGCGACCAAACUAGAAGUGGAGUUCCAAAGGGAACAUCAAAUGUGCGCCGCCUUUGUGAGUUUCUGCGGCAGCGAUCUCCUCGGAGACUUCAUGACCGUCAUUGCCAAGGAGGUGGAGGAGCUGUCGGAAGACUGCGAACGCGAGCGCACCGGCAUCAUCACCAAGUUCGUGGACGGCAAGCCGCAGUUCAUUCACAAG